AUGUUGGGUAAGAAAGCAUGGCGGAUGCUAACUAAUACUGACUCUUUGGUGUCUCGUGUAUAUCGGGCGAGAUAUUAUCCGAAACAAACUUUUUACGAGGCAUGUCUGGGAAAUAACCCCAGUUUCUAUUGGCGUAGUAUUAUGGCAGCUAAGGAACUGGUGUGGUGGAGUGAGACGGCAUGUUGGGACUGGAAUUUCUACGUUAAUUUGGGAGCACCCGUGGCUCCAGGACGAUUUAAAUCCCAUGAUCCAUACAGAGAUCCACCGCAGUUGGUAGGAGCUAUAGUGAGUGGAUUGAUGGAUCCAGAUACUAGGACCUGGGACCACCAUAUUCUCUCAGAUAUAUUCCAACCAAGUGAUAUACCCCGAAUUCUAAAAAUACUAAUUUCCCCAGAAUAUGAUGAUGUUUGGUAUUGGCAUGGGGAUCCGAAGGGUAGCUACUCUGUUAAGGAUGGCUACAAGCGCAUUGUUGGGAGCUUUACAAAUAGUAAUGAUGGGAGGGUGAAUGUAGAUCCAAUUUGUGUCAUAUGUGGAAUCAUGCAAGAGGACACUAUGCACUCUUUGGUAUCAUGUGGUUAUGCCAACUCCAUAUGGGCUCUAUCUAACCUUCCACUCUCCAAUAUUGUGACAAAUAUUUUCCAUGAGUGGUUUAGUGCAAUGUUAAAUGUUCUAGACACUAAUGAAAUUAUGUAUGCAGCUGCAAUUCUUUAUCAUAUCUGGAGAGCAUGA